UAGCCGUCCACCGCCGCACUAACACCUACGAAAUGAUACUCCAAACCGCUAACCUAUUUCGGUCGUAAACGAAAGUGUUCUCCAGCUUAUUCCAACCGGUUUAACGUAUAAUUAAUUAUAAUAUCCACACGCGUAUUUAUAAGAUAACCUAAAUGAAAUAUGAGUGAAUCAUAAAAAUAUAACCUCAAAAGUAUUUUAUUGUCAAGUGUCAGUGCGCUUUUAAAGUGAAAUGCGUUUAUUAACUCCACCAAAUUAAAGUGACAGUAUCCGGAUUUUCUUCGAAAUUAUCAAGAUGAAUGCGCUAUGCAGUGCGCUGACGUUCGCAGCGUUCUGCACUGUCCUGGUGACGACUGCCCCCAAGGAAACCAAGGACCACGACUACAGCCAGGUUCUGAGGAUGUCCUUGAUGUUCUACGAGGCCCAGCGGUCAGGGCGUCUUCCGCCGUCCAACCGAAUCCCCUGGCGAUCCGACUCCGCCGUCAACGACAUGGGCCAAGAUGGCGAAGACUUGACCGGGGGCUACUACGAUGCCGGGGACUUUGUCAAGUUCGGGUUCACAAUGGCCAGCACAACCACUUUGCUAGCCUGGGGCUGUCUAUCAUACAAAGAUGCCUACGUGGAAGCAGGUGAAUGGGAGCAUGCCCUAGAGGCUUUACGCUGGGCUGCCGACUACUUCAUCAAGUGCCACGUCAGUCCGUAUGAGUUGUAUGGUCAGGUGGGUGACUUUGCUCUGGACCAUCAGUACUGGGGACGACCAGAACAACUGAAUACUUCUCGCCCCGCCUUCAAGAUCACUAAAGACAAACCUGGCAGUGAUCUGGCUGGAGAAACUUCCGCAGCCCUGACAGCAACUGCGAUAGUAUUUCAAAAGGAGGAUCCCAAGUACGCAGAGCUGCUUUUGAACCAUUCUAAGCAACUUUACGACUUUGCUACAACCUACCGUGGCCUUUACAAUGAUGCCAUCAAGGGGGCGACAGAGUUUUAUGAAUCUACCGAUUACGGAGAUGAACUGACAUGGGCUUCUCUUUGGUUAUACAAAGCAACCAACAACUCAUUUUAUGUGGACGAAGCAGAGCACCAUUAUAUGCAAUACAGGCUGAAAGAGCGCCCUAAUGAAUUUUACUACAACAAAAAAGUUGCUGGAGUUCAGGUACUGUUGGCCCAGCUUACUAAGAUGCCUGAAUAUGUAGAGGCAGCCAAAACCUUCUGCAACUUUACUGUAUUCAACCAAAAGCGAACACCAAAGGGUCUUGUUUAUAUUGAGAAGACAGGAACGCUGUGCCAUGCAGCAAAUGUCGCAUUCCUUUGCCUUCAGCUGGCAGAUCAAGGUAUUAACUCCGACACAUAUCGACAGUUUGCGAAACAACAGAUUGACUACAUGUUAGGGAGCUUCGGACGCAGUUUUGUCGUUGGAUAUGGACACAAUUACCCCAAGUUUCCACACCAUGCCGCAAGUUCAUGUCCUGACUAUCCUGAACCGUGUGGAUGGGCAGAUUUCAGCAGCUCCAAGCCAAACCCCCAGAUUUUGUACGGAGCUUUGGUUAGUGGACCUGAUGAGAACGACUUUUACAAAGAUCGUAGAGAAGACUACAUCUAUAAUGAGGUUACUCUAGAUUAUAACGGUGGCUUCCAAUCAGCUAUUGCAGGUCUGCACCAACUGAAAAUCCACAACAUCGGUAUUCCUGAUCUUGUAAAGACUGAAAGCGUCAGAUGAGAAAUGCUGUUGGCCCUUAUGCCUGAGAGGUGUGGGGGCUUUGAAGGUGCUAUGGAGCUUAACAAACAAACAACAUGUUCCUCAGCUUCCCCACUUGUCUAUGUUUUAAACAUAAGCUUUGUUUUUUGUGUUUUAAAAACACCUGUGUAGAGCUGUCAUGUUCCUAAUGUCCUGUCCUGUUUAAACAGAAUAAUUAUUCUUCUUUUUACCCAUAAAGUUACCGUUUUCUAAGUUAGUUUCUGUUUCAUCAGUUUGAGACAUUUCCACUUAUCUUUGCUGAACUUUAUAAUAAUCUUCAUGGGAUUUUGACAAUUUCUUAUUUUCUAUUGAGAUACUGAAAACUGUAAUAAAUGUGGACUGAUAAAAUAUAUAACAGAGUACUUGAGCUGACACAUUUUAACCCUUGAUACAAAUUGUUAUUAACUACUUAUAUCAUCAUUUAAUUAUGUUUUUAAAUUUGAAGUGGUUUGGUAACUUGGAUUUUCAUUCAGUGUUCUAUGAUAUUUGAGAAACAAUGCUCAACCGUUUGAUUAAGUUAUUGAAUUCUAGACAAUUGAUCUUUGUCAAUGCUUUUGCUGUUUGUAUUUUCUCAAAGUUUAUUUAUAAAUUUUGUAUGAGUAAAUUCAGGGCCGCGUUAAGGGUCAGUGGAGCCUGGGCGAACUCAAAAGCAGCCUUUUUCCUAGCUGGGGCGGGCGGUAGUUGGACGGCGCCCGCCAGGCACCCCUCGACCACCAGUCUGCCCGUUUCUAAAAGCGGGCCUGAGUACAUUUUCAUGUUGGAUCAUGAAGUGAAAAGUAACCACAAUAUAUUUGUGUAUAUGUUAGGUUUAGCAUCAAAUAUUAACAUAAUGUCAGUUUAAAGUGUUAUUUGAUUUGUAAUGGAACAUGUUCUACAGAUAAUUAUUGUUUUGAAAACUAUACUUGUGUUAUUAGUAAGGAAUUAAAAAUAUAUUUUCUUUUUUCUUUACCAUACCCAUACUAAAUUGAUACAGUUUGGUUGAAAACAAACAUUUCCUUGUGUUUUCUUUUUGGUUGUAUUUUUAUACUCAAUCAGUUGACUUUGUAUUAUUUUAUAAAUGCAUUUUGUUGUUUAAUGUGUCACUCAUGAAGUGUGUAAUUUUAUUGGUACAUUAAUUUAAACAUUAUAUAUAUAUAAAAUGACAAGUGGUAUCUUUAUUUCUUUGUUAUUAUUUGUUUUAAUUUAUAUAUUAUUUACAAACUUUGUUUUACUAAAAUGUGAACUUUUUUCAAAUUUAAAGUACCAAUAAGUACCAAGUAAGUGGAGGAUUUUUAGUUUGAGUAAAUUAUUCAAAAAGAUAUCUGUUAAAACAGUUUUAUACGUCUUGUAUAUUACUAUAGUAGCUUUGCAAUUAUUUUUAUACCUUCAAACACUCUUGAAAUCUACAAGAAUAUUGUUUUUAUUUAUGAUCUUAUGUAAGUUAUGCCAUUUUUGUAAAUAAAUAUUAUAAAAGAA